UACUGCCCCUCGUAAAAAACAACAUUUUAUUUACGCUGCAUGCGGACAGUUAAGUGCGUCUCUGCUUUUUUGAGUGUUUCAACUCAAUCAGUACUCCCACCUCUCCAGCCUCAACAUUUGUGAAGUGGCUGCCUCACCCGCUCGGACCGGAGGCCGUCUGGUCUCCGAUCUGGUCUCCGGAGUCACCGGAGAGUCCACGCGCUCCGUCAGGGCCAAGCUGUGCGGCUCGCGGAUCAGACCCGAGCCGCCACGAUCACUGGCCAUGGAGAUGAUGGAAGGAGACGUUACGGACAAAUUAGAUGACAUGUCUUCGGUGUACGACUUCGACCCGAUCACCGGCAACAUCCCCGCCACCAAAGUAGAAAUCACCGUCUCCUGCAGAAGUCUGCUGGAUAAAGACACAUUCUCCAAGUCGGAUCCAUUAUGCGUGCUCUAUACGCAAGGUGUUGAAACCAAACAGUGGAGAGAGUUUGGAAGAACAGAAGUGAUAGACAACACCUUAAACCCAGACUUUGUUCGAAAGUACAUCUUGGACUACUUUUUUGAGGAGAAGCAAAACCUUCGCUUCGACUUGUAUGAUGUCGACUCUAAAAGCCCAGACCUGUCCAAACAUGACUUUUUGGGUCAGACGUUCUGUACUCUCGGGGAGAUUGUUGGAUCACCAGCCAGUCGACUGGAGAAAUCAAUGGGGGGGAUCCAAGGGAAGAAAUGUGGCACUAUCGUCCUGUCCGCAGAGGAGCUGAGCAAUUGUCGAGACAGCGCCACUAUGCAGUUCUGUGCCAACAAACUGGACAAGAAAGACUUCUUCGGCAAGUCGGACCCUUUCAUGGUCUUCUACAGAAGCAACGAGGACGGAACGUUUACUAUCUGCCAUAAAACUGAGGUGGUGAAGAACACAUUAAAUCCAGUGUGGCAGCCUUUCGCUAUCCCAGUACGAGCGCUCUGCAAUGGAGACUACGACAGAACAAUCAAGGUGGAGGUGUACGAUUGGGAUAGAGAUGGCAGCCACGACUUCAUUGGGGAUUUUACGACAAGCUACCGAGAGCUAGCUCGAGGGCAGAGCCAGUUCAAUGUGUAUGAGGUGAUUAACACCAAGAAGAAAAUGAAGAAAAAGAAAUAUGCCAACUCUGGGACAGUGACUUUGCUCUCGUUUUCAGUGGAGUCAGAGUUCACGUUCUUAGAUUACAUCAAAGGAGGAACGCAGAUCAAUUUCACCGUGGCCAUUGAUUUCACAGCAUCUAAUGGUAACCCCUCCCAGUCGACUUCGCUGCACUACAUGAAUCCCUACUCGCUGAACGCCUACGCCAUGGCCCUGAAGGCUGUAGGGGAGAUAAUUCAGGACUACGACAGCGACAAGAUGUUCCCCGCUUUGGGCUUUGGAGCCAAACUGCCCCCCGACGGACGAGUUUCUCACGAGUUUCCUCUGAAUGGAGACAUUGAAAAUCCGUACUGCAACGGCAUCGAGGGGAUCUUAGAGGCAUACCACCAGAGUCUGAAGACAGUGCAGCUGUACGGGCCAACGAACUUCGCUCCUGUGGUGAAUCAUGUUGCCAGGUAUGCAGCAGCGGUGCAGGACGGCUCUCAGUACUUUGUGCUCCUCAUCAUCACAGACGGCGUCAUUUCCGACAUGGCACAGACCAAAGAGGCCAUUGUAAAUGGUGCGAAGCUUCCCAUGUCCAUCAUCAUAGUUGGUGUUGGUCAGGCAGAGUUUGACGCUAUGGUGGAGCUGGAUGGUGAUGACAUCCGGGUCUCGUCCCGGGGGAAACUGGCAGAGAGAGACAUUGUUCAGUUUGUUCCCUUUAGAGAUUAUAUGGACCGGACAGGCAACCACGUGUUAAGCAUGGCGCGGCUCGCUAAGGACGUGCUAGCAGAGAUCCCAGACCAGUUCAUCUCUUACAUGAAGAGUCGGGGGGUCAAACCCAAUCCAGCGCCACCUCCUUACACACCGCCUGGACUCACACACCACCACACACUGAUCUGAAGCCCUCCUCUUGGCUUUUCACUGAGGACUGACAGCAUGCAGCAGCCGCUCCAGAGUCCAGUGGGAACUCUUCCUCCUGUGUUAUGGUGCAAACAGGAGAUGACGCGACAGGAAAUGGAAGUUGAAUUUUGGGCCGUAUCCUCCCAGUGACAACUCGAGCAACGUUUUUUUUUUAUUUGGUUUGUUUUUCGGUGAUAUAUUCAUUUUGAUGAUUUAUUUUAAUAAGAGGCUCAGACCUACCAGGACUCGUUGGUGAAAGCCUUUUAGUCCGACACUGAGGCAGUGACUGUUCCACAUCUAAUCUGACAGCAGGUGGUUCAAAGAGGUCAUGUUGUGGUUAAAACUUGUGCCUGUCUGUGGUUGUUUCUCUAAUUGUAUCAGGACAUGUGAACUUUGACCUAAGCCUUGCUCGUCAGCCAUUGGUGUGGCCUAACACAGUGAUAUUUUUUUUAGGCACCUUUUCCCUUCUGGAAUACGUUUUUUUAUAUUUGGGGAGUAUCUCCAUAUCUGCGAAUGCAUCGGUUAUGAUGGAGGAACACUAAAGAUGUGUAGUUUACAGUUUAUUAUUAACAUUAAUCAGGCUUUUCUACCAUGAGGUGUCUCCUCUUCUCUUCUUUGGUAGGUAAAUGUUUAUAUCAGCAUGUUGUAUGAGAAGUUUAUUCCCAAAUCCCAGUAUAUUUAUUCUCCAAUGUUAUUUAGAGUGGCAUGGACAUUUGAUGGAUAUGUUUUUGAAGUGGUCACCAAUUAUUUGAGUGAUUGCAUAUAAAAAGCACAACCUGUCUCUCUACCAAGGACAAGCUUAGUACGAUGCUAUCAAUCAUAUUGAAUCAUUUUGAGAGCUGAUGGUCACUGUUUCUAAAGAAAGUACACAAUGUAUUCAUGCAAGUCAAAUAUAGAUGAACUGCAGCUGCAAUUCAACAUAAAAUAUUACUCAGGCUUGUUGGAGGUUCUCAUUCAGCAAGGAUACAUUCCAAUCACAGAGAAUACAUCUGAACAGAGGUAACAAUAAUAAUUUCAUCAUAACCCCUGUUUCAUUUUCUAAUCCACACAAAUGGUUAUUCAGUAUACAACAUGCAUUACCUUAUACAGCAAGUAAAACACAUAACAAAACAUGUGAUAUAUAUUAUUUAUAUCCAGAGAACUAAUCUAGCAAUGCAGGCGACAGUUCCACUUUCCCAUGGAGCAAUUUGACUAAAUGACACUUUUGGGUAAUAUGCACAAUUAAAGCACAAUGUACACCAGACAGUGAGGGUCUUUGAUCUUCAAGAGGCCUUGUGUCCCAAUCUCAUUACUUUCAGUUGAUGCAUACAUGUGAUAUUAAUACAAUUCAUGUAAUACAUUUACAAUACAACUAAGUGACACACAGCAAUCAAAGGCAAAUGGUAGCAGGUCAAACUAUGAACACUGGUUUGUUUUUUGGUUUAAGACCCACGUGUUAUUCUUGCCUGAGGGCCCGAUAGCGGGUUAUCCGGUCCUGAUACGAUCCUAAACACACCGCCGCGGCAACCCAGACACUCAAUAAGCAGAAAUCUGUAAGCCCCCAAAGGCCACGCAUCAGCAGUCUCUAACCCCCGUCAUCAUGGAUUCCCACUGUAAGUCUGUGCGAUCACAGCCAGUGUUGCUCCCUCCAGAUUUACAUCUCAUACAGCGUGGCGCAGUACAUUUCAAGUCUCUGGUGGGAGACAGUUCACAAGUGAUCUAGAGAGCUUUAGGAUUUUUGUUCAUUACAUUCAGUACAAAAGUAAUUAUCUCAAGUGUAAACACAUGAACAACCCAUCAAUACCACAGGGUAAAGGGGGAUCACUUUGUGCUAAUCUUAGUUUGGCUUUCUGUAGCCUCCCACCAUCUGUGUGGAAACGAAACAAACUGGCUUUCAAGUAGCAAAUCCAAUUUUACCAAAACAGUAACAAAAGCUUUUUAAUUUGAGAUGCAUACCGGCACAAUGGUGCAACAACAAGCCUCGACAACCCUAUGAUUUGUUGCCUUGUAAACAUUGAGACAUGUCAUACAGUCAACAUUUGGAAAUGUGAAGAAAAUGAUCCAUGCAUGGGGUGUUUUGAUAAGUACACAUUGUGCAUACAGUAAGAGAGAAAGUUCAGAAUUAGGGUUGUCAAGUUAACGCGUUAAUAACGCGUUAACGCAAAAAAAAAUUAACGCCAC